ACCCCGGCACCUGCCAACAUGGAAGGUGGUGACGGCGGCGUCGCUGUGGCUGGCCAAGGGGUUCUGAGCUCUGGGGCGGCGGCAGCGACAGUCCGGGAGCUUUUGCAGGACGAGUGUUACAGUGAUUUUUUAAAUGAAGACUUUGAUGUGAAGACUUAUACUUCCCAGUCUAUUCAUCAAGCUGUAAUUGCAGAACAACUAGCAAAACUUGCCCAAGGAAUCAGUCAGUUGGAUAAAGAACUACACUUACAGGUUGUUGCAAGACAUGAAGAUUUAUUAGCACAAGCAACUGGGAUUGAGUCUUUGGAAGGCGUUCUUCAGAUGAUGCAGACAAGAAUUGGCGCUUUACAGGGAGCUGUUGAUAGGAUGAAAGCAAAAAUUGUGGAGCCGUACAAUAAAAUAGUAGCCCGCACUGCACAACUUGCAAGACUUCAGGUUGCCUGUGAUUUGCUUCGGAGAAUAGUUCGCAUCCUGUAUCUCACUAAGAGACUCCAAGGACAACUGCAAGGGGGAAGCAGAGAGAUAACAAAAGCUGCUCAGAGUCUUAAUGAACUUGAUUACCUUUCUCAAGGAAUUGAUCUUUCUGGAAUAGAAGUAAUAGAAAAUGAUCUACUUUUUAUUGCAAGAGCUCGGCUUGAAGUGGAAAAUCAAGCUAAGCGCCUACUGGAACAGGGUGUGGAGACACAGAAUCCAACUCAAGUUGGAACAGCGCUUCAGGUUUUCCAUAAUCUUGGAACUUUGAAGGAAACUAUUACCAGCGUUGUGGAUGGAUAUUGUGCUGCUUUAGAAGAACAUAUCAACAGUGCAUUAGACAUCAAAGUUCUGACUCAGCCUUCGCAGUCAGCUGUGAGAGGGGGACCGGGACGCUCAACUAUGCCAACCCCAGGAAACACUGCAGCUUUUCGUGCUUCUCUCUGGACUAAUAUGGAGAAACUUGUGGAUCAUAUUUGUACUGUUUGUGGGCAGGUACAACAUCUACAAAAAAUAUUAGCCAAGAAGAGAGAUCCUGUUUCUCAUAUUUGGUUCAUUGAAGAAGUAGUUAAGGAUGGACAAUCUGAAAUUUUGUACACUUUUUGGAAUUCAGUUACUCAAGCACUUUCUUCUCAGUUUCGCGUGGCAACAGAUUCGUCUAUGUUUUUGAAACAGGCAUUUGAAGGAGAAUACCCUAAAUUGUUACGUCUUUAUAAUGACUUAUGGAAGCGUCUCCAACAAUACAGCCAAAAUAUUCAAGGAAAGUUUAAUGCAGGUGGAACUGCAGACGUCUGCGUUGACCUACAACACAUUGGAGAUGAUGCACAAGACAUAUUCAUAGCAAAGAAGCCAAAUUAUGACCCCGAAAAGGCUUUGAAAGACUCACUGCAACCCUAUGAAGCUGCUUAUUUAUCAAAAUCUUUAUCUCGACUCUUUGAUCCUAUCAACUUGGUUUUUCCCCCUGGUGGCCGCAAUCCUCCUUCUGCAGAUGAACUUGAAGGUAUCAUUAAAACUAUAGCAAGUGAACUAAAUGUAGCUGCUGUAGACGCAGACCUCACAAUAGCUGUGUCUAAAAACGUGGCAAAGACCAUCCAGUUAUACGGUGUAAAAUCGGAGCAGCUUCUGUCCACACAAGGAGAUGCAAGUCAGGUGAUUGGGCCUCUUACAGAAGGGCAGAGAAGAAAUGUGGCAGUAGUGAAUUCACUGUAUAAGUUACACCAAUCAGUAACAAAGGUGGUUUCCAGUCAGAGCUCAUUUCCACCAGCAGCCGAACAAACUAUAAUCUCAGCCCUAAAGACGAUCCAUGUUCUUAUGGGAAGUGCUGUGCACCCCUUACUGACUUCCGUGGGAGAUGCUAUAGAGGCCAUAAUCAUCACCAUGCAUCAGGAAGAUUUUUCUGGGUCAUUAUCCAGCUCAGGAAAGCCUGAUGUUCCUUGUUCUCUGUACAUGAAGGAGCUUCAAGGUUUCAUUGCUAGAGUUAUGAGUGACUACUUUAACCACUUUGAAUGCUUGGAUUUUGUCUUUGACAACACGGAAGCUAUUGCACAAAGAGCAAUUGAACUUUUUAUUCGCAAUGCCAGUCUCAUAAGACUUCUUGGCGAAGGUGGGAAGGUACGACUUGCGGCUGAUUUUGCUCAGAUGGAGUUGGCUGUGAGUCCAUUCUGCAGAAGAGUAUCUGAUUUAGGAAAGUCCUAUCGGAUGCUGAGGUCAUUCAGACCCCUGAUCUUCCAGAAGAAUGAACAUGUGGCCACUAGUCCUGCAUUGGGGGAUGUUAUUCCAUUCAGCAUCAUUAUUCAGUUUUUGUUCACCAGAGCACCCCCUGAGCUGAAAUCCCCUUUUCAGAGGGCAGAAUGGUCCCAUGCACGCUUCUCCCAGUGGCUGGAUGACCAUCCAUCUGAAAAGGACAGGCUCCUCCUUAUCAGGGGAGCUUUGGAAGCCUACGUUCAGUCAGUAAGAAGUAGAGAAGGCAAAGAAUUUGCACCAGUUUAUCCCAUAAUGGUUCAGCUGCUUCAAAAAGCUAUGUCUGCUCUUCAUGAAUAACUUGAAGUAUUUCUUACUCUUCGUCGUGUGCUGACCCGAUUCAAGGUUGGCAGCUAACCUAAGUAACAUGUUCUAGAGAACAGCUCCCAUCCACUGUUUUAAGAAUGUAAUUGACCUCUCCAUAUUUCCUAUUGAUCUUCUGCCUUACCUCGUUAGCCCUUCUACCUUAAGUAGCAUAAAAUGUCAAAAUAGGUUUGUCAUCACCAACCUUCGAACUCCAUGGGCUUGAUUUUUCCAGAAAGACAUCCAACUCUUUUUUCCACCCCCCUCCUUCCAGGCUUUUUCUAUGAGACCAGCUGAAAUUUCUUUCCCAUUACAUAAGACUCCCCCUGCAUGUGUACACACAUCCUAAGUCCCCACUGCUUUUUAAGGGCUCUGAUCAAGUUACAUAAGUACCCUGCCACUCCCCACUUACCUUCGUCCUCACUAGAUCAAUGUGUGGCCCUAGAAUCACGGUGGAAGCUUUAGAAAAUCCUGAUGCCCGAUUUGUACCCCAGAUGGAACACAUCUGAGGGUAGGAGCCAGGCAUGAGUAUUUUUUAAAAACAUGCCCAGUGGUUUCCAACAUGCAACGAAGUCUGGGAACCACAGGCAUACCCCAAAGCGAAGACGUAGGGUUAACUGUUGUUUAGGUAUGUUCUAGUGUAUCUUUAAUAAAGACAGAGCCAUGCUGUCUUUAUACUCCGUGUGUUAUUUUAUUAAAAGACUGUGGGGCCUGUUUCACUUUGUAAGAUGUUGAGUUAAAAAUAAUCUUUAGUCUACAAAGAUUCUUACAAAUAGGUCAUGUAGGUCCUUGUUUUUCUAUUGUCCUUGCUCUAUUACUAACAUUUUGUUUUUAAUGCUUAAAAACCCCAUCAGCAACUUCUGAAUAGAUCUUCCAUGCCCUGAACCUGUUAUUGUGACCACUCAAAUUCAGUCAAGUUCAAUCAGCAGAAGUCAGAGAUAAACAAUUUUUUUCCAUUUUAUUUGAAAUAAUAUACAAGAAUAUAGUGUGCAAAAUUUAGGGGCAACAUCAUGAAGAAGUGUAAUGAACUGAAAUCGAUUUUACAGCUGUGAUUCCUAACCAGAAACACCACUUGGUAAGUAACGUGAAAAGCCAUGAUUGUAGCUCAGAGCAAAAGCAGCGUCUCGCCCAGGGACUUGCUCUCACCUCAGACAGCUGGAGGAAAAGUAAAGUGCACGUGUUGCACUGCAGUAAGUGCAAAGUCUGCCCCCACCAUAAAGAUACGAUGACAAAGAAGAUAUUUAAGAUACGUGGCUGAGGAGAUACAGAACACAAAGUUAAAAAA